UGGCUACAGUCGAGCCAUUUUCACCAUGGAUCUUGCCAAAUGUAUGGUGCUGGUUAUAACCUUAGCUGCCUGGGCUUGGGAAACGGCUCUUGGCCAGGAACGUGACCGGUGUACGGACCCUGUCACACUUCCAUCACUGAUAGAAUACGAGUGCGUGACUCUCCCUGGAAAUGGGAUCCGAGCCUCCCUAAGCUUCUCCUCACAACAUCCAAUGGAAGCAACCUGGUUCUUACGCAACAUCAGUGGCCUUAUGGAUGUGACGGAUUUUUUCAUCGUCCAGACAGGAGACAGCCACUACAGCGCCACCACCACCAGAAUCGGCAACUCAAUACGCUUCACGCUCACCGGUAACAAUCUCGUGCUGGAUAAAAUCAAGAAAAGAAUCCGCUUCAGGCUAAUAGUUCAUCAUCCAUGUAACGUCAUCUACGUUCAAACAAGGCUCCUCACCUGGCAAUGGAUUCACAGCAAAGAUUUCACAAUGCCCGUUCUGACAGAUAUACCGAAACCGACUUACACGAUAUCAGGGAAAGGAGAAAAUCUCACCCUCGUGGCAAAUUUGGAAAGCAAGAUAACCAACCCAGAGCUGAUGCUUUCUUUCUUGUAUGGCUUUUCGAAAUAUGCUAGAUUUGAUUCUGAAAAUGGAAUUAUACCGAUGUCGCCUAUUCACCAUUUUUUUAAGCAUGAACGAGAAAAUGUCCAUUAUCAAAAGCUCUUUGUAGAGAAACUCAAAGAUAAGUUUAUUUUUAACAAUAAUGUCACCUUCACUCCAUGGAUGGACGAGGACGCUGGCGUGUACUACACGACCAUAGCCCUGAAUCUUUUGACAGAUUCGAAGUUCUGGCUAGCCAGAUUGAAAAUAAUCAUGUUCUCCGAUUUGAAGGGCGACUCGACGCCAAAAUUCUCGAUGAGGGUCUACAACCAACGAGCUGGCGAGUUCGACCCUUUGCCAAUUGAGUCUGAUAAUUACACCACAAUACCUCUGCCUAGGACUUCUCCUUACGGUUUCCCGCCUUCAGUCCAAUGUAUGGUACACGCAGAAACGCACCCAGUAGUAACAGUGACCAGGCACAGGACAUCUAACACGAUCAGCGAAGCAGUAGAACUGCUCCCGGCCAAAGUCUUCGAUUCUGCUACAUUUGUCGAAAGGUCGUACACUUUGCAACAGGUUGCUGAUGACAGCAUCUACACGUGUACUGCUGAUGCGGUAGGGGGAAGACUUGAGAAACGAUUCAAGGCGGACUGGUACGACCCGGUGAAGAUAACCUCACAUACGAGAAAAACAUACUAUCGCAUAGAUGAGGUAAAGAAUAAGAAUCUGGGGUUAAACUGCAAAGCAGAAGGCAACCCAACCCCAGAGAUCGCGUGGUACCUAAACGCCGCCUACGGAGAACCAGGAGAAGUAAUCCACCCCGGCAAACGUGACUUUCUCAUCAAGAACAUGGCUCACCAGUUAAACCAGUCUGAUUCCUACGUGAUUCACGCGGGGCGUCGGAAGACGGGGGAGGGAAGAAGUUGGCUGACAAUUAAGAAGUGGGGCCAUCUCAUAAACAAGGCCGAUGUCAGACGUGAAAUAACUUGCUAUGCUUACAACGACUACAGCUUCGCCACGCGAUCGUUCAGUUUUGUUUAGUAACCCGAUUGUUCCGAGGUGACAGCAGCAGUUACAGUGAAACUGUGCGUUCUGCGCAUCAUAGAAUAUCUUCGUAGCAAUUGGAAACUGUUAUUCGUAGCAACGCUUAAGGCGACUAUCUAUAUAUAGGAAUAUUAAACGUACAUGUAGGCCACUACCCAACCUUUCAUGAUUCUCAAACGUUGAAAGUAACACUUUGCGUCGGACAUCAUUCCAACAUUUCCUGACAUUCUCGGACUUUUUUUAAGCUGAAGUAUAAACUCCGUGUCGGCCCGACGUUAUCUCGAUACUCCGACUUGCAGAAAUUCAGGUUUAUUAUGAAGUUCUCUUUGGCGUGUAGAGGUGAUGUUAAACAAACUCACGUCACACAACCCAGCUUUUCCGUGGUGCUUUUCUUAGUCCCGUGUAUCAGUGACCACGCCAACAUCUUGUCCUCAGGCAUCACCACCCUGCUGAUUCCUCAUCGCAUAAACACCCCGGGAAGCCGUACACCAGAGGCAAAUCUCUAAUUGUCUCCUACCGGUCAGCGAAAUGAACCAUCCUCGCUGACCAGGGGAACAGAAAACUCUUUAAACGUCCAUUAGGCAUUUUCCGCCAUUUUGGUUCCACGAGUGGUUGACGCGUGGUUUCCAUCUAAGACAUAGAACAAUUAAUUAAAACGCCAUUAUCUACUCUGCGUGGUCAUAAUUGAUCCUAAUUGAGAAAAUGGAAAUUCUCCUCCACGAUUUCGUCACAACGUAAACUUUAUACAUCUCUACAGAUGUCGAAAAGGAAUUAUUAAUAAAGUGAUCUGUGAUAAUUUGUUUCUGGUGACCCGUGAACACUUUACGGCACUUGUUGUUAAAUGUGCCGUAGAGCAUUAUAUCUGGCGUUGUGGCGCCAUUUUAAACAAUGGCCGGGUAGACGUUAUGGAAAAUGAUUCUAUUUCGGGUGGUUAUAAUGCAUCAUAACGGAAAUAUGAUGAAAAGAAAUUAGGAUUUAAUGACUGUUGGUGUUGUGUAACUGAUCUUACUUGUGCUAAGAUGAUGAUGAUGAUGAUGAUGAGAUGAGAUGAAGAACCGCGAGGGUUCUCAAGGAGGAUGAUGGUGAUUGUGAAUGGCGCGGAUAAAUGGCGCGGGGGGGACGUGAAGUCCAUUUUAAAAGUCAAAUCAAAUAUCUAUUCCGAAUGUAACUUGUGACACAAUGCCACGGCUCCUGGUGCCACUUGUUUGGACAUUAGCCGUUGCUACGUGGACGCAGAAAUUCUGGCACACUUUACCUCGAGUGGGUGAUUUGGGAAACAUCCAUCAUUUCAUAUUAUUGGUGGUAAAACAAACCGAGAUUUAAAAACUUUUUGAGUGCAAGGAUCUAUAAUUUGAUUCGACGUUUUUAUCAAGAAGAACAAGUUGAUUCUUUAACAAUGUUAUUGUACUUGGGCAUAGCAUUGUAGCGACCCUGUGAAUAAUAUGACGGUGGCAUACGAACCCGUCCGACUCAAUAUUGCUCAACGCGUAUGCUGCACCUAAUCUCGACCGAUUGACAUUGGCCGCCUGUUAACCGGCCUCAAGUAAGUAUAAAAUUCUGACAAACAUGUAUGCGUACCAGCUGUAACCUCGUGACAACUGCCAAGUGUGACAAAAUCUCUGCAAUUAAAAGAAACUGUUUAGCUACAGAAAGUUUGCCCAAGUGUUGACAUGCGGGACCAGCUCUCCAGCGUCCACCGAACCAUAGUUCGUCGUUUUUCUAUUUUUUGGGCCAUUUUCAGAAGUGCCGUUCGUAUCUCGUCGAAGCUGCUCGACACAGUUGGAUAUUUACGAAAGUUCCCGAGUCAAACUUACUGCACGUGUCGUCUGUUGAAGGGAAAAUAUCAUCACGUGAUCAAAGCAAACGCGGUGGACACAUAUGUUCUAAGUACAGAAAUUUCUCACAUUCGAGUUUUGGUAAGAUUUGCCUAUGACAACGCGCGAGAGCGCUGAAAGCGUCAGGACGCCCCGAGAGCCGCCAUGUUUGUUUGUUAGACACGUGUUGUCUUUCCCACCAAUCCGCAGCCAACUGGCGGUUCACAUAGUCUGCACCACCCCAAACAAGACCAUGACAUGCGUACAUAGCUCUGGGUAACGUGCAUACCAUCUUGCUUCUUCUUUUGAUGAGAUACAACACGAACUGAUAUUAAUUUCUCAAUUGUUUUUAGAUUUCUACCUUCUUUCAUAUUUUUCUUUAUGCCUUCUUCAUAUUUCGAUUUACAUUGAUUUUGACCGUGUAGUGAUAAAUAAGUAAUGUGUCCGUGAUGAGGUUUUGUAGCAGGAAACCCUGUAGUCUGUGGAGGAUUAUUGUACAUUGUGCUUGGGGUAAAUCAUUCCUAUUUCUUUGAGAUGACAUUUCCCGGGGAGGUUCCUCAUCGAGGCGUAGUAUACGCACUAUUUGAAAUUGUUUCUCUCAUCAUGAAGCAUUG